AUGGGGGCUGGAGCUCUUGCGAUCUGUCAAAGUAAAACAGCGGUUCGGCUGAAAGAAGACAUGAAAAAGAUAGUCGCAGUGCCGCUACACGAGCAGCGGAAUCCCGCCUAUACCAAGCUGUUUGGAGUCAGUCUCCAGGACCUUCACCGGCAGGGGCUGACCGAGAACGGGGUUCCAGCCAUCGUGGGGAGCAUCGUGGAGUACUUGACCCUACACGGACUCACCCAGGAAGGCCUUUUCCGGGUGAAUGGCAAUGUCAAGGUGGUGGAACAGCUUCGAUGGAAAUUUGAGAGCGGGGUGCCCGUGGAGCUGGGGCGAGACGGGGACGUGUGCGCGGCGGCCAGCCUGUUAAAGCUCUUCCUGAGGGAGCUGCCCGAGAGUGUGAUCACCUCCACGCUUCAGCCUCGCUUCCUUCAGCUCUGUCAGGAUGACAGAAAUGAUGCUCAGGAGAGUAAGUUAAGAGCCUUAAUAGAAGAGCUGCCAGAUACCCACUACUGCCUCCUCAAGUACCUUUGCCAGUUCUUGACAAAAGUAGCCAAGCACCAUGUGCAGAACCGCAUGAAUGUUCACAAUCUUGCCACUGUAUUUGGGCCAAAUUGCUUUCACGUGCCACCUGGGCUUGAAGGUGUGAAAGAACAAGAUCUCUGCAACAAGAUAAUGGCUAAAAUAUUAGAAAAUUACAAUACCCUGUUUGAAGUAGAGUGUAUGGAAAAUGAUAACCAGAGGUGUGAAAACCUGGCAAGGCUAAUCAUAGUAAAAGAGGCCAAUUGUAAGAACAUCCUUCUAACAAAAGAUUUUGAAAGAGAUGCACAAAAGCCAUCUCCAAAAACCAAGAUCCACAAAUCCAGUAGUGAGGGAUCUAUUUGGACCCACAGGGCACCACACCCAGAGCUGUCUGAGGGCAUUCCUCAGGUCAGCCUGCAGCUAAGUCGGAGAAAAUCCUGCUGGGAUGACAUGAGUUCAGCAGAGGAUGCUAAUGCUCCCAAGUUGCUGUCCAGUUCGCAGGAAGAUGAAAGACCUAUGUCACCUUUCUAUUUGAGUGCCCACGUGUCCCAAGUCAGCAGCGUGUCAACAACUGGAGAGCUCUUAGAAAGAACCAUCCGGUCAGCUGUAGAACAACAUCUUUUUGAUGUUAAUAGCUCUGGAGGCCAAAGUUCAGAGGACUCGGAAUCUGGGACAUCAUCAUCUUCCUCCACAUCCACCAAACAGCGACGACGCCAGGCUAAGGAGCAGGAUGAAAUUCGACACAGCAGAGAUGUGGGACUUCUCAACAAAGAAAAUAUUCCUUCUGGCUUCAGCAAUCUGGAUGAAUGUAUGUUGAAUGCUCAUGAAGUGGAAAAAUUAUAUGAAAAUACUUCUGGUUAUAUUGGAGAAAGGGGUAAACCUAAACGUCAGAAAUCCAGUUCCAAACUUUCUGAGCUCAAUGAAAAUCAAGAUGGUCUUGUGAACAUGGAAAAUCUCAAUCCCACACCAUCUCAUGAGAGGAUUGGAUCUGAUCAUGUUGAACUGAUGUCUGAUGGAAGCAGAGAAAAUGAAAAGGACAGCAGACAGAUCCAGCAUUUUGAGAGCCCCACAAUGAAGAUCCAGGAGCAUCCCAGCCUGCCUGACAGCAAGCUGCAGAAGACUCCGGAUGCUGAUGACCAGCAGGAGAGCUUUGUGUCUGAAGUGCCUGAGCUGGACCUGACCGCACUGUGUGACCAGAAGAGCUGGGAAGAGCCUAUCCCUGCCUUCUCCUCGUGGCAACAGGAGGCCGUGGACGCUGACGAAGCGCGCCUCUCCCCGCAGGCCGGGCGCCUGAUUCGGCAGCUCCUGGAGGUGGACAGCGACCCCAUGCUGUCCCCCCGCUUCUACGCUUACGGGCAGAGCCGGCAGUACCUGGACGACACAGAAGUGCCUCCUUCUCCCCCCAAUUCGCACCCUUUCAUGAGGCGCCGCAGCUCCUCUCUGGGUUCCUAUGAAGACGAGCAAGAGGACCUGACACCCGCCCAGCUCACUCGAAGGAUUCAAAGCCUUAAGAAGAAGAUCCGAAAGUUUGAAGACAGAUUUGAAGAAGAGCGGAAGUACAGACCUUCCCACAGCGACAAAGCAGCGAAUCCAGAGGUUCUGAAAUGGACAAAUGACCUUGCCAAAUUCCGGAAACAACUUAAAGAGUCCAAACUGAAGAUAUCAGAGGAGGACCUACCCCCCAGGAUGCGGCAGCGAAGCAACACACUCCCCAAGAGUUUCGGCUCCCAACUUGAAAAAGAAGAUGAGAAAAAGCAAGAGCUGGUGGAUAAAGCCAUAAAGCCUAGCGUGGAAGCCACACUGGAAUCCAUCCAGAGGAAGCUCCAGGAGAAGCGGGCAGAGACCAGCCGUCCCGAAGACAUUAAGGAUAUGACCAAAGACCAGAUUGCUAAUGAGAAAGUGGCCCUGCAGAAAGCUCUGUUAUAUUAUGAAAGCAUUCAUGGACGGCCGGUGAGCAAGAACGAGCGUCAGGUUAUGAAGCCACUGUACGACAGGUACCGCCUGGUCAAACAGAUCCUGUCCCGAGCCAGCACCAUCCCCAUCAUCGGUUCCCCCUCCAGCAAGCGGAGAAGCCCUUUGCUGCAGCCAAUUAUCGAGGGCGAAACUGCUUCCUUCUUCAAGGAGAUAAAGGAAGAAGAGGAGGGUUCAGAAGACGAUAACUACACAAAGCCAGACUUCAUGGUCACCCUGAAAACCGAUUUCAGUGCACGUUGCUUUUUGGACCAAUUUGAAGAUGACGCUGAUGGUUUUAUUUCCCCAAUGGAUGAUAAAAUACCAUCAAAAUGCAGCCAGGACACCGGAUUUUCAAAUCUUCAUGCUGCUUCAAUACCAGAACUCUUGGAACACCUUCAGGAAAUGAGAGAAGAAAAGAAAAGGAUUCGAAAGAAACUUCGUGAUUUUGAAGACAAUUUUUUCAGACAGAAUGGAAGAAAUGUCCAGAAGGAAGACCGCACUCCAAUGGCCGAAGAAUACAACGAGUAUAAGCACAUUAAGGCAAAACUGAGGCUCUUGGAGGUGCUCAUCAGCAAGAGAGACACUGAUUCCAAGUCCAUGUGA